GGAAAAGGCGCUGCAGAAAUGCAACUCCCAACCGUCACGCUCGUGCACGGGAUCCGGGUGCGCGUGUGCGCGCGUGCGCGCGCUCCCUGCAGAUUCGCGCCCGCCCGAUAUUCGCAGGCGGCGCGGUGAAGGUGGAAGCUGACCCGAGGCCUCCUGCAGCAGCUGAAAAUGAAUAGGUAAUUGACCAGGACUCUGCAACUCUAGAACCUGUGAAGAUGAGCUCCUUGAGUGAAGGGAAGGAACCACUGGAGUUGGUUGGCCAACUGCUGAGUGAACCAGGACAGUUUGCAUAUGGUGGCCUGUGUGGUGUCACACUAUCAUUGCUGUUUCCCGGAGAGGAACACAGGUCAUUCAGAAUGCAAUACAUUGAAGGCCUUGUACAAUGGUUGCAGCUAUCAGAAUCUGUCUUGCCUGUCAUGGAGGCCUUUGCCAAUGGGAUGGGAGGAGAAGGUGCAGACACAUUUGCAGACCUGCUGCUCAAAGAACCAGCUUUGAAGGACAAUCCAAUCUUGAUCACCCAGGAUCUUGUUUCCUUUUCUCUGAAAGAUGGAUACUAUGAUGCACGUGCAAGGGCUCUCAUCCGUCACAUCACAUGGCUCUUAAGAAUUCCAUUUGAAGAACUGGAGAUCUUUGAAGAAUCAUUGGUGGAGAGUCUAAAAGGACAUAAAGAAAAAGACUCAGAAGAAUUUGAAAUUUCUCAGAAGAAAAAAGAUCGUAAAAAGAAACUGAAGCGAUAUUUCCUUAUCGGACUUGCUACAGUAGGUGGUGGAACAGUGAUCGGUCUCACGGGUGGUCUCGCUGCUCCCCUUGUAGCAGCUGGAGCUGCAGCCAUUGUAGGGACUGCAGGGGCAGCUGCAAUUGGGUCCACAGCUGGAAUUGCCAUUAUGGCAUCUUUAUUUGGGGCAGCAGGUGCAGGCCUGACAGGAUACAAAAUGAAGAAGCGAGUGGGAGCUAUUGAAGAGUUUGAGUUCCUUCCUCUAACUGAUGGAAAUCAACUGCACAUCACAAUAGCUGUCACUGGCUGGCUGUGCACAGGAAAAUAUGGAAGUUUUGAGGCACCAUGGCGAAGUCUACUACAAUCUAAGGAACAGUACUGCCUGGCCUGGGAGUCAAAAUAUUUGAUGGAACUGGGUAACACCCUUGUAUCCCUGCUGAAUGGUCUGGUUAAUAUUGUGGCACAGGAAGCCCUGAAGUACACUGUUCUGUCAGGUAUUGUGACUGCACUGACAUGGCCAGCUUCACUACUGACCGUUGCUAAUGUCAUCGACAACCCCUGGGGAGUCUGCCUCAGCCGAUCGGCUGAAGUUGGAAAGCAUUUGGCCCAUGUGCUUCUGAGCAGACAGCAGGGCAGGAGACCAGUCACUUUGGUCGGCUUUAGCCUUGGAGCAAGAGUGAUUUACUUCUGUCUUCAGGAGUUGGUUCAAGAGAAAGAUUGUGAAGGAAUUAUUGAAGAUGUUGUGUUGCUCGGAGCACCAGUGGAAGGAGGUGCCAAACAUUGGAAGCCUCUCACUAAAGUGGUUGCAGGCCGUAUAAUUAAUGGCUACUGCAGGGGAGACUGGCUUCUGAAUUUUGUCUAUCGUAGUUCUUCAGUACAACUGAAUGUAGCAGGUCUACAGCCAAUUGUUAUGGAUGAUACAAAAAUGAUUAACGUGGAUCUUUCAUCCAUUGUGAAUGGACACUUAGAUUACAUGAAGCAAAUGGACACAAUACUAAAGGCUGUAGGUGUGAAAACUAAGGAUUGCCGCCUGGAGGACAAAUGGAAUAUUAGCCCCAGUUCUAGCCCAGAUGAGAAGUGUGUAAGUAAAGAAGGAGAGGAGCCUUUAGAUAAUGCAGAAAUCAAGUCUGCUGGAAGGAAUGAGUCACAAAUGGCCAUUGCUGAGUCCUCCGAUUCCUUGUUAGAGGGGGAUCUUUUGGAGUCACCAAAGACAAGCCACCAUUCUACUGGUGCAGAGGAUUCAAUACCAGUGGUAUAAUCCACACUUCCUCCUGAGAAAGGUAGAACUACUGAUCGUGAGGUGUUUUCUGGAGCCCCUGAGCUUGCCAAAGACCAAGAAAAAAGUUCAUAACAAAUACCAAAUCUGGUUGUCCUGGAAUCUGAAUUAAAUUGAAGUAUAACAGACAGACACAACUGAGAAUCCAGGGGAAUAAAGAUCGAUGACGUGCACUAGGUUUGCUGUAAUGGGAGACUGGACCAGUUGGUGAUUUGUGUACCUUCUCUGUGAAAGCCUUAUUAAUUAACUAACAUAGUAAUUUAGUUUUGGACUGGAAUAUUAUUUAAUUAAGUGUGAUAACAUUGCUGUAUUACAAGUGAGCUGCUAACAAAAAGGAACCUCAUGCUGUCUAUCACCCUGUGCUUUCCUUUCCUGCAGACUCUAAUUUGGUUUCAGAGUCAAUUUAACCUCCAUUCUGUGCUGAGAAACUGGUUCUUACCUGGAUUCCACAAGAAGGGAAAUUUAAGUCAAAUUCUUAAUCACUCAUCCACAACCUCUGUUCUAAUCACAUUCCUACGACACACCAAAUUCUCAAAUCCAAUGAGACUGCUGCCAUAAAAAAGGUAUCCAAGUUUAUGGAUAUGAUGCUGGGUAGUAAGCUCAGCCUUGGCUAUAAUCUUGUAUAAUUAAAACAUUCUUCUGA